AUGCAUCAACCUCCUAAAAAUACCCGCACAAGGUCACAUAAUAUAAUUAGACAGCUGCCGGGUGUAAAAAAAAAUGCUCAAAAUGCUAAAACUAUAGAAGAUGCGUGGACAUUAUUUUUUCCUGUUAAUAUGCUAGAACAAAUUGUCAAAUACACUAAUAAACGAUUAGAUAAGUUUAGAUCUAGCUACGCUAGAGAAAGAGAUGUUCUUCCAACUAAUUUGAUUGAAAUAAAGUCAGUUAUUGGCCUUUUAUAUCUUGCUGGAGUGAAGAAAUCUGCGCACAUAAAUUUAGAUGAAUUUUGGCACACUGAUGGCACGGGCAUAGAACUUUUUCGAUUAGUUAUGUCUUUACGUAGAUUUCGUCUUCUUUUGCGCGCAUUACGUUUUGAUGACUCUGAUACACGUGAAGAUCGAAAAAAACUUGAUAAAUUGGCACCAAUCAGGGAAGUGUUUGAUGGAUUUAUUGAUAGGUCUAAAAAUUACUACAAUCUUAGUUCAAAUGUAACUAUAGAUGAAAUGUUAGAAAGUUUUCGUGGGCGUUGUUCUUUUCGUCAAUAUAUGCCAAACCAGGGCUUGGAACCUUUAUGA